CCCUUCUGCGUUCGUUGCUGUUGGAGUCUGAUUGCUUUGUGUGAGGUAGGGUUUUGAACGAGUCGCUAAAGCCUUCUACGCCUCCUUCGACGACGUUCCUUCCCGUCGAAGCGGAAGUCGCGGAAGUUCGCCGUUCUUCUUCUCGGAUCGGACGCAGCCACGGGAGCUCGCUCGCUGUGAGGAUUUAGCAUAAAUCCUGUUGCCAAACAGCCCCUAAAGUCUCGUUUGCAUAAAUCCUUUAUCUAAACAGCCCCCAAAUCUUUCCUCUUUUCGCUGUAAUCGGAACUUCUCAAGAAGCUUGGCUAUCAGGCUGAGCUCACUAAAGAAUGGACUCAAAUGGGAUCAAUGAGGAUUCAUCGAGACAAGUUCGUGUCCGCUUUGUGACGAAGCUACGUCCGCCCUUUAAAGUUCCAACGACUUCCAUUGCAGUUCCCGCUAAUCUCAGUCGAAUGGGACUCUCAGAGAUAGUGAACCUUCUUCUCAAGAACAGUACUGCACGUGCCUUCAGUAAUACAGAGUUUCAAACUACACCUUUUGACUUUCUAAUUGAUGGGGAACUUAUUCGAAUGCCGCUAGAGCAAUUUCUGCUUGCAAAGGGUAUUUCUGCCGAAAAAAUAAUUGAAAUAGAAUAUAUAAAUGCUGUAGCUCCUCAAAAGCAGAGAGAUCCAUCUUUGCAUGAUGAUUGGGUCAGCACAGUUGAUGGAACUAAUCCACGAUUUGUUUUGACUGGUUGCUAUGAUAAUCUCGCUAGGAUAUGGAAAGAUGGAUCAAUUUGCACACACGUCUUGCAAGGGCAUAAUGGUGCAGUUACAUCUGUCAAUAUAAUCAAUCAUAAAGCAACUUCUAGCACUAGCAGUAAUGACAUAUGUAUAGCCACUGGUUCAAAAGACAAGACGCUGAGGCUCUGGAUGUUUGAUGCAGUGGAAUCUGGUAAUAAUCCAGUUAGGAUCGGAGCAUUUAAAAUUCUCAAGGGACAUACAUCAUCAGUGCAGAGCAUCUCAGCAAAACCUUCUGGAGACAUGGUAUGUUCAGGGUCCUGGGACUGUUCGAUAAAGUUGUGGAAAGUAGCGUCUGAAGGAGAUGGCGACUCUGUGUCAGUGAAGAAAAGAAGGCUUGUAGAUGAUGUUGAUGAGCCACAGUUGGAGGAGGAUGCUACAGCAGAACUCGUGGGUCAUACACAGUGUGUAUCAUCUGUUGUCUGGCCAGAAUCACAAACCAUAUAUUCAGCUUCAUGGGACCAUUCUAUCAGAACCUGGGAUGUUCAAACAGGGAAAGCAACUUUGAAUAUGGUUUGUGGGAAAGCACUCAAUUGUCUUGAUGUUGGAGGUGAAGGGUCUGCACUUCUUGUUGCUGGGGGCUCUGAUCCUGUCUUGAGAGUCUGGGACCCACGCAAACCUGGUAGCACGGCUCCUAUUUUUCAAUUUUCUUCUCAUUCAUCUUGGAUUAGUACUUGCAAGUGGCACCCGAGAUCAAUAUUUCACUUGCUUUCAGCAUCUUAUGAUGGGAAUGUGAUGUUAUGGGAUUUGAGAACUGCGUGGCCUUUGGCGAAAAUAGAUAUGCACAAGGACAAGGUACUAUGUGCAGAUUGGUGGAAAGAUGAUAGUAUUGCUAGUGGGGGAGCUGAUUCAAAACUAUUUAUUUCUUCAGGGAUAUCAAUAAGUUGAAGCUCUUCAACGGCUAUCAUCUCAAGAAAGUUAGAGAGAUCAAUUGCAUUAAGUUGGAGAUUGAAUUUAGAGGCUAUUUUCUCUCUACACAUGAGAAUCUAAAGCAUCAACAAGGCACUGCUGACAUAUUGCCAUGAAGCAGUAAGUGAAGAGCUUCAUUUUUGCUCAUAUUAUAUGUAUCCUUUUAAAGGAAUUUUUAGAUUAGUUUAAAAUUGAUGUAUUUUAUUGAUGAUCUGAAGGUUCAUAUAUCCUUAAAACAAACAAAGAGAACUAACUAGUUCAAUUAUUUUCCUUCAGGAAUCCACUGAAAACUCUGCUCUGUUUUUUAUUA